AUGUGGAGAGUCUCAUUAACUAUUGUCUGCGUUCUGUUCGCAACAGUACUCCAAUAUCUGUCAAGUUCAAAACUACGGCAAAAGAUCAUUUUCACUAGCAUUGCCGUGGCCAUUCCUUUUACAACACCCUCAUGGCAAAUUAUUCCCUUUUUACUAUUAGCUUUGGGAUCUGCAGUGUUCUUUCGCCUGGUGCGUCUUUUAUGGUUAGAAGAGUUUCAAGUGGUACCAGAUCCUACGGUACGUGGAGUACCUCCGCAGAAGACGAAUAUCGACGAGGCUCAUGUUUCCUCAAAACCUAGGCGACCCCUUUUUCCACAAUCUCAAGAUAUUUCUCGUGAAGUGGAACUGAUCAUCGACAAUAUUGUGAGAGAUUUUGUUGCGAGUUGGUACGGAUCUUUUGAUGACAAUCUUGACGCACCCUUUUUGAUGGAAAUUAAAGAUCUUUUGGAUUUAGUGGCUCGGAACAUUCAAUUGGCAUUGUCAACUGUCAAUCUCCCAAUCCUUCUUGUUCUAAAGAUUUUACCUCUUAUCACAGAGCAUGUUGUUGCUUUCAAAGCUGCUCACAAAACUGUGCUGGGCACAUUGACCACAGAAGAGCGAUUGAAGGAAGACCAUUCAUUUGCGAUUGCCGUAGAGUUCGGACGCCAAUAUAGUAUCCACAAAUCCAUAUCAUUGGGCUCGGGUAACCUGUCACUGUGCAUUGAGAAUUAUUCCAGGGCCAACGCGGAUUUUUUGCUUCAAAAUCUUGUCCCACCAACAGAGCUAUCAUCUAGAUUUGUAAAGGUAGUUGGUCGAGAAAUAUUGGGCUGCUGUCUCUUGAGCCCAAUACUAAAAAUCGCUUCAGAUGCUGAUCAUUGGAACGUACUGAUAGCUUCAGUUUCUAACACGCUACUGAAAGAAAGGUAUCAGGUUAAAGAAUUUCGAGCAGCAUUGUCCAGUCAAGUCGAGGGUACUCCUCAGAAGUUAGAUAAUAAGCAGCAUUCAAAGGGCGAUACACUCCUUCAUCAGCUGAUUCUAGAAAGCGAUGCUGGAGGCAAGAACUUUGAGGAGCUACUCAAAAGGGUUAGUAGCAUAGAGACUAAAGGAGCCUUAAUGGCAGCUAAGUUUUCCAUUUUGUUACAACUAUUAAGAAAAAAGAAAUCCAAUGAAGUCGACAAGAAAGACUCACUUAUCGUCAACCGGCUCCUUUUAGCGCUGAACUUGAUAGAGAACCGCCUAAAGUACUUGUCAACCAAUUUGUUUCAAUUACCACCCUCAAAAAUAACCUUCAACUCUGCACAAAUUGAUUCAUUUGAGAAAUUCGUCAGCUCUAUCACUUUGGAUGAUAUCUUAAAGGAUAGACUAAGCAGCGAACAUUUUUCUGAAUUCCUUCAACUCAAUGAUACUAAAAUGUAUCGGUGUCUGAGAUUUUGGCAAAAAAUUGAGGAUCUGAAAAAUCCGUUGGAAGAUCCCAGUAACGAUGAACUGGCAAUGACAUCUGAUGACGAUUUUGAAUGUCUCGUGAAAGUUUCAAGUGAGUACUUUAGCGGAAGAAAUCUUUUUAUCAUGCAAUCGCUAAACGAACAAUGUGUGUCUGAUAUCCAACUUUUCCAGGAUGCUCUCAGCAAAGAUGACAACUUGCUUGCUCAUCAAUUCUAUCAAACUGCCCGAAGGAGCGCUUUACAAUUACAAACACUUGCGUACGAUGUUCUGGGUACCUCGUUUCAGAAUUUCAAGCUGUCUCAGCAAUUUGUCAGUAUGAUUGCUACGGUCGAAUUCCCCUGUUCUGAUGAUUAUCAGAAGGCGACUACGGGGUCUCAAUGCAACUAUAAAGAUAUGGGCAAUGAGACCAGCCCCACAGUACUCACCCAAGUUAUAGACUCUCCAGCUAAAUCAUUUAGAAACUUGCCCGUUGUUGGUGAAGCGGGGGAAAGUGAACCUCGAGGACGGAAAUCAUUUUCAAAUUUGUUUGGAGAAAAUGAAGGCAGUAGUUUAUUUGAGAACAAGCUUUUUGAAGACGAUAACUCCAUGGACGAGCUAGAGGGCUUCAGCGAAGAUGAUGCGUCUGAUUAUUUGAACAAUUCCGAGGCUUCCAGAAAGGAUUUUAAUGAGGACACGGAUCCGAAUCUGGUUGUAAGCAGUCUGAACCAAUACACUUUGAAAAACACAAUCGCGGAACUUACUAUAUCAAUCGACAAAUUAAAAAAACAACUCUCCCUUUUAAAUCACCUUGGGCUUAAAGCUGACCUUACGGACAGCACGUCCGAGCGUAGAAUUCUAAGAAAGUCAGAGCGAGCUGUUAUCAAAGAAAUGCAUCAACAAGAGCUACUGAGGGAACAACUCAUUGUACAGGAAAAUGAUAAUAGCCUCUUUGGAAAAUGUCAGACCUGUAUCAAAGCUCAUUUGAGUGAUAUCUCUCCAAAAAGCGGGCAGGAAGUGGUGUACUAUGUUAUAAGUGUAAAUCAUUAUUCGGAUGGAAGAGUCACUUCUUGGGACAUACCGCGCAGGUAUAGUGAGUUUUAUGAACUCAACGCGUACCUAAAGAGGAGAUAUCGAAAUCUAGUUAAACACUUGCAAAACAAGGACUUUUUUCCUGAAAGGGUCAAAAUGUCGCUAAUAUACCAUGUUUCCAAGACAUUACUCUACAAAGAGAGGACUGUGAAACUCGAGAAGUAUCUACGAGGCCUUCUAGCAAUACCGGAAAUUUGCCAGGAUAUCAGCGUAAGAAAGUUUCUAACAGACACAAAUUCGGCAUUUAGUAUAAAGGAAACGUCAGAGAAUUUCGAGAAUAGGAAGAACCUUUUGUCGAGGAUUGACUCUGUGUCAUCCAAGUUAUUUGAUAAUGCAGUUGCGAGCUCGCCGUUUGACAACCUUGCCUGUGAGGAAGAAUUAGAGCUUGAUGGGCUUGGCUCUCGUGGCCGAGAUCUGCUAUCAUCGCACGAAGAAAGUUCCAAAAAGGGUUCCUUCAUCAAAGCUAUUUGCGAUCUCUUUGUUGCUCUUUUUGCAUUCUCAAAAUCGCGCUCGAGCUGGCUAAGAGGUAGGGCACUGCUAGUGGUCAUUCAGCAGCUAUUGGGGGGUACAGUAGAAAAAUACGUCAAAGAUUUGAUUGAUAGAAUCACAAGUGAGGACAAUAUUUCGGAAGCUACAAGCAAAAUUCGUUCAAAACUUUGGGUACAGGGUAUUUUUUUAAAAAGUUACCGGGAGGGGAAGAGGGUUCGCCAAAAACGAGAGAGGAGCAAGUCCAAACUCGGAGAGACGCGAAACAAAAGUUGGAGACAUUACUCGGAGAGACCUGUGGUAGAGUAG